AUGCGCCGCUGGCCGCUGCUCCUGUGGGGGCUGCUGCUCCCCGCCGCCACCGCGGCCGCCGGGCGCUACCCGCACAGCGCCGUGCUGGACGGGGCGGCCGGAUACCGGCUCCUGUGGGGCCACCAGGGCAGCAGCAUCUCCUUCCGCCUGGAGGUGCGCACCCAGGGCUACGUGGGCUUCGGGCUCUCCCCCACCGGGGCCAUGGCGUCCGCGGACAUCGUGGUGGGAGGCGUGGCCAGGGGCAAGCCCUAUCUGCAGGAUUAUUUUACAGAUGCAAACAGAGCAUUAAAGAGAGAUUCUCAACAGGAUUACCAUCUUGAGUAUGCCAUGGAAAAUAGUACACAUACAAUAUUGGCUUUUAGCAGAGAGCUACACACUUGUGACACAAAUGAUAAGAGUAUAACGGAGAGCACAGUAAGGGUGAUAUGGGCCUAUCACCACAAAGACAUGGGAGAAGCAGGUCAAAAUUACCAUGGAUCAAAUCGCGGCUCAAAGAGUCUACGUUUACUGAACCCUGAGAAAAAGAAUGUUAUAUCUGCCUCUUUGGCAUACUUUGACUUGACAAACCAAGACGUACCUAUACCAGACAAAGACACAACAUAUUGGUGCCAAAUGUUUAAGAUACCUAUACAUCAUGAAAAGCAUCAUGUGAUAAAGGCCUUUACAUAUCCUCCUCAUGUUGGUUUAUCCAUUGGCACAUCAACAGACCCUCAGUAUGUGCUUAUGGAAGUCCAUUAUGACAAUCCAUCAUAUCUAGAAGGUUUGAUAGAUAACUCUGGACUGAGGCUAUUUUAUACUACAGAUUUACGGAAAUAUGAUGCUGGGGUUAUUGAAGCUGGUGUCUGGGUUAGCCUCUUUCACAAUAUCCCACCAGGCAUGCCUGAAUUCAUGUCAGAAGGUCACUGCACUCUGGAAUGUCUGGAAGAAGCCUUGGAUGCUGAGAGGCCAAGUGGGAUUCAUGUGUUUGCUGUUCUUCUCCAUGCCCAUCUUGCUGGCAGAGCCAUCAGGAUGCGUCACUUCCGCAAGGGUGAAGAACAGAAGCUGCUUGCUUAUGACGAUGAGUUUGACUUCAAUUUUCAGGAAUUUCAGUAUCUAAAGGAAGAAAGAACUAUCUUGCCUGGGGAUAAUUUAAUCACGGAAUGUCGCUACAGCACUGUAGAUCGAAUACGUAUGACAUGGGGGGGUCUGAGCACCAGAAAUGAAAUGUGCCUGUCUUACCUACUGUACUACCCGAGAAUCAAUCUUACCCGAUGUGCAAGUAUUCCAGACAUAAUGGAGCAACUCCAGUUUAUUGGAGUGAAGGAAAUAUAUAGACCAGUCAGGACAUGGCCUUUCAUUAUCAAGAGUCCAAAGCAAUAUAAAAAUCUCUCUUUCAUGGAUGCGAUGAACAAAUUUAAAUGGUCCAGAUCAGCAGGUCUCUCCUACAAUGAGCUUGUUCUUAGACUGCCAGUGAAUGUGAGAUGCUCAAAGACUGACAAUGCAGAAUGGUCGAUCCAAGGCAUGACAGCUAUACCUCCUGAAAUUGAGAGACCAUACAGGACAGAGCCAGUAAUAUGUAUCUCAUCCUCAUCUUCCUAUUUACAUUGCAGUCUAUUCCUUAAUCUGUUAUUCAUUGCAUGUGUCACAGUCAGUACCCUCGGGAACAGUUGGCCCUUUGUAUAAUAAUUUAAUUGUUUUCAUGUAUGUUCUGUAUGCCUUGCAACUCCAGAUAUGUUUGCACUGUUGCUAUUGUAGAUUUAUUUUUUUACAUAUUAAUAAAGUAAAUUUACUAGUUCAAAAUAAAAUGUUUAAGUCUUCUGAAAACUCUGUUUAUUUUGUUUUUUUAAUGUACAGUAUGUGUAAAGAACAGUAGGUACAUUGCUACGUUACAUUAUCAAAAUUGUUUCCCCUACAGUUUUGUUACAGCUUAUCCUGGCUUUUCACACAGUGUUUCUAGAAACAGAUCUGUA